GUUACAGUUAUAAUUUUUACCGUCCUUUAGCCCUCCCGAGGGCGACUACCAUCCCAUACUACGAGGCUAUCUUUCAUGAUUAGGAACUUUAGCACCGUCAAUGAACAUAUUUUAACUCGACGACGUCCUUGCAACUUCCAGCUAUUUCCCGCCACCUCCCUAUCUCACGUUGCGUUGCCUAGUUAGCCUCAUAUAAAAAACCGCGGCAUCAAUCUUCGAAAAUGGCGGCCGAACAGUCUCGGCCUGCGUCGCAGAAGCUCCCAGCCGGCCUGGCUACAGUCCUAAAUGCCCCCGAAGAGAAUCGGGACUCGGCCUAUUAUUCGAGUACCGAUGCGUCUAGCAAGCAUACUUCGGCCGCGUCUGGCAUAGGCAUUAAUGUGUAUCAUUCCGCGCAAGACAAGACCCCUUCCCCCACGACCACGACGCUGGUUCCUCAGCCCCUCAUAUCCCCCGCGAGCAAUAUGAGCGUGGCGUCGAUAAUGUCGCCAACAACUCCAGGUGGCGGGCGUUUUGAAAGACCUCAAUCAUUGGAUUCUAUGCCGGGUGCCGCAUCGCUAGGAGGUGCAGCAAGUGUCGGACCGGAUUCGCGACGGGAAAGCGUGGACAGCAGGAUUAACCAGGGUUUUGGCGACUUAAGAUUGGGUGGUUCCCCUUACGCGAGCCAGAAUCAGUCGACGGCAUCGAUUCACGGAGCUUUGGCACAACAAAGAAACCCUCGUCCGGGGAUAGAACAUCUAUCUGUCCAUAGGAUAUCCAAUGGAUAUCAACCAAAUAUUGAGCGUACUCCGGAUAGCCAACACACUAAGACGGCUCGAACUGCGCCUGCUAUCACGGGCCCUGCCACUAGUACGAUCGCUCGAGCCGCGGAACCUACUAAAGGUCAAGCAUGGGCCUUCCCAGAAGAGGAAAUUCAGCGCCUGCCCUCCGCGGUUGGUAAUCAUACAUUUUUCGACUCGCGGAGGAGUAGUAUUACGGAAUCGAUCGCGAGUAGCCAAUUCACGACCGAAUCCCGGCUACCUCCUGGACAGCGGCGACUCGAUGAUGGCCUUGGUCCAGACUUCCAACAAACGAUUCACCACCACACGCUUCAACACAAACAGCUCUCGGAUCUCCAUAGCGAAGAGUCCAGCCCGCAUAGCGGUAAUCAACCAUAUAGCAGGACCCCGGAACUGCGUCAAAGUCAUAAGCUUGCCGAAAGGAAGAGGAGGACGGAGAUGAAAGAACUAUUCGAACAACUUCGCGAUCUAAUGCCACAGGAGCGAGGAUCAAAGGCUUCUAAAUGGGAGAUAUUAACGAAAGCUAUCGCCGAACACCAGAAGCAGACCGACACUAUAAAGUCUCUUUCGGGACACUACCAAACUGCUAUGCAAGAGGCGGAAAUGUUGCGUCGUGAGUUGGAUAGGAUGCGCAUGGAGAAUGCGCAGCUUCGUGGGAACGUGCCGCUUCCACCCGGACAGGGCGCGCCGAAUGCGCCUUUACCAUCGCAGCCGUCUGCGGACCCCUACGGCCAAGACCCGUAUGGAAGAGCCCCGCGACCAGAGCUGCCGCCUUUACGCGCGUUGAACGCGCCUGAAUCAAUGACGGGUGUUCAGUACGAAGGUCAGAGACCCAACGGGUUUCGAUCAGAUCGUUUCUAGCAAAAACAAAGGCACCGUUAUUUAUAAUUUCUUUUGUCGUUGUAAACGUGUCAUUCGGGGGGGCGGUAGCCAUCAAAAAAACUAGAAACUUCCUGCGCAUUUUAUCGAUACCCCGUACAAGAUUACGGUUGCCGUCCGGCUGAAUUCUUUUAUGGCUGGCGACGAGCACCUCGGAACUUUAUAGGCGCACUCGGACUUGGAACAGAGGAUACUGUGUCGGA